CAUACAUCCAUCGAUCGCGCAUACACAGCGACUGUCUCCUCAGGUUGUGAGAUAACCACUAUCAUCGUCAACAUGUCGCCGUCAAUUCCCUCGCCCAAGGCCGGCGCUGGCCAAGUCGAGAAGGAGUCGGGUCUCGCUCGUGUCCUCGGUGCUGGAUCUGCUGGUAUCGCCGAGCUCGCCGUCUUCCACCCCGUCGACACGAUCGCCAAGCGGUUGAUGUCCAACCAAGGCAAGAUCGUAGGAGCCGCACAGCUCAACGAAGUCAUUUUCCGCAAGCACGCCAGCGAGCCAUUCGUCAGACGAUUCUUCACCCUCUUCCCCGGUCUGGGAUACGCCGCAGCCUACAAGAUUCUGCAGAGAGUGUACAAAUACGGCGGGCAGCCAUUUGUGCGAGACUACCUCCAGACCAACCACGGACGCACGUUCGAUAACGCUUUCGGCAAAGGGAACGGCAAGGCCAUCAUGCACGCAACCGCUGGAUCGAUUAUCGGUAUUGGAGAGAUUGUGCUCCUGCCAUUGGAUGUGUUGAAGAUCAAGAGACAGACAAACCCAGAAGCCUUCCGGGGACGUGGUGUGAUGAGGAUUGUUGCAGACGAGGGCUUUGCGCUCUACCGUGGUUGGGGAUGGACCGCCGCACGAAACGCGCCAGGAUCAUUCGCUCUCUUCGGUGGUUCGGCGGCGGCGAAGCAGUAUCUGUAUAAGCUGGAGGACUACAACAAGGCUUCGUGGUUGCAAAACUUUGUUGCUUCCAUUGCUGGAUCAAGCGCAUCUUUGAUUGUCUCUGCGCCGCUCGACGUGGUCAAGACGAGAAUCCAAAACCAGAACUUCGAGGUCAAGAAGUCGGGCUUGAAAAUCGUCUCGGACAUGGCACGAGUGGAAGGUUUCUCUUCUUUCUUCAAGGGAUUGGUGCCAAAGCUGCUCAUGACGGGACCGAAGCUCACUUUCUCCUUCUGGUUGGCGCAGACACUCAUCCCACUGAUCAACAACAAGCUGGGAUAGGCACGGGCAGACACCCAAUUGUAUGAUAGGCGUUCGGCGAAGGGUACAUGUUGUAGAUGCGUUGCCUGGCGAUAGAGCAUCGAAAAGGCGUUUAAGGCGGAAGCAAAAAGACGGCUAUCACUGCCGCAUAUGGCACAGGUUUGUGUAUUUGAGCGUUGCGUAACUUCACUUACUGUAUUACAGUGCAAAUGAGUGUACAUAGGAUAGGCCGCGAUAGGCAGUGCUGUCUUGUAUAGCAUAGCUCGCGAAUCAAGCUCAGCUCAAUUCUCGAUCAACAUCAACCAUCUGCUAAGCAAAGCAUGCGCUAGGAAGCGGAGCGCAAAAGCAAAAAUGACAUCCCAACACCGCUGGAAGAAGCAGACAAGGACCCACUGCUAGCGAGAAUGGAGAAG